UCCUCGUCCAAGCAGGCAGUGUUAGAGUUUCUGGGAAGACUGGUUUUGUGGGUGGAAGAAACGAAAAAAAUCUGCUUGUAAUCGCCAGAGACUCCACAGCACAGAGUUGACUGCCUCAGAUGUCUGGGACAAGUGCGGGAGGGAGGCCUCAAAUAUUGAGAUGCUCAGAUACUCGUUCUUUCACAUCGUCUCUCUUCAGUGGUCAUACACAUACUACGCUGAAUCAGAAACGAGCGUUAAGCGGGUUCACUUUCACCACCCAGUUCGGUUUUAGGAAAUUCUUCACAACUCUUCUCGCAGGCGCCUUUCUCCUUGUCCAGUCCACCAUAGUUAUAGUAGCGCACAGAACCUUGGUUUUACAACAGCUCCUACCAAACUUUGCCUGACAGAAAUGGCGAAACGAAAGCCUGCCGCCACUGUCGAUGCUGACAACACGUUCGACUCCGGGUUUUUCUCUGACGACAUCCAACCUCCCGAGACGAAACGGCGCCCCAGGGCUUAUGCUACAAAGGCGCCCAGACGCGUCUCAAAGCAGUCCAUCAAAGUCGUUACUGAUGAGCACCGGCUGGCGACGCCUGCUCAAGGCGGGAGCUGGCGGAAAAUAAGAUCUCCAUUGCGCGACCCAGCCUAUGAAGAGGCGCGUAGAGAGCAACUACACUCUCCUUCUAUACGUCUCGGCAGGCGAUCGGACCACGAUGUGAACGCCAGACUUAGCAGCAUAGGGAAAUCCCCUGUUGUUCAGCGUCGCCUUCUCGCCGUCGAGAAAUCCUGUUCAUCUCAAGAUUCCAUGCCAUUCAACCAGAAGUUCUUGGGUGAUUACAAGCGCGCUCGAGUCGGAAGUGAAGAUGGGGUGCCCAGUCGUGAGAAGAUCGUUGCGCUUCUCAACAAGUACCCGAGCGUAAAUGACCAGUCUCUCAUCACCACACUGCUCCAGGAUGUCGUAAAUCUCAAGGAUGAUCUCGAGGAAGCGAAGGAGAGUAACAGGUCGCUGAAGCAGGAGAAUCGUAUCUUGAUGGAAAUGGCAGAGGAAGUCUAGAUAUUUCCUUGGAGCAACGACGGCCUAGCCGC